AUGAGAGCCUCUAAUGAGAACCAGAACUCUAAUGAGAACCAGAACUCUGAGAACCAGAACUCUAAUGAGAACCAGAACUCAAAUGAGAACCAGAACUCUGAGAACCAGAACUCUAAUGAGAACCAGAACUCUAAGAACCAGAACUCAAAUGAGAACCAGAACUCAAAUGAGAACCAGAACUCAAAUGAGAACCAGAACUCUGAGAACCAGAACUCUAAUGAGAACCAGAACUCUAAGAACCAGAACUCUAAUGAGAACCAGAACUCUAAUGAGAACCAGAACUCUAAUGAGAACCAGAACUCUGAGAACCAGAACUCUAAUGAGAACCAGAACUCUGAGAACCUGUGUGCACUCAUUACGUGA